AUGCCCUCGCUCGAAGUCGGCACCCUAGGUGGUGGCACCAUCCUGGAGCCUCAGAGUGCCAUGCUCGACAUGCUUGGUGUCAGGGGACCACACCCGACAAAUCCUGGUGACAAUGCCCGACGACUUGCACGAAUAAUCGGAGCCGCGGUAUUGGCUGGCGAGUUGUCUCUCUGCAGUGCACUCCAGGCCGGUCACCUCGUCAAGGCACACAUGCAGCACAACCGAAGCGCUGCCCCCUCAAGAACUAGCACGCCUGCGCCUCCUCCCCUCACGCCUGUCGCCCUAGCCAUGACAAAUGCUCAGGACAAGUCCAGGAGCGCGGCGGCGCAGCAGAGGUCAAAACGAUGA